CAACUUCUUUGGUAUACCCCGUACACCCCAUCAAAUUAAUCAUUCAUUAAUUUUGUUUUGUUUUUUUAUUAUUAGUUUAUUUAUAAUUUUCAUCUAGUUAACUAAUUGGCAAUGUCUCGAUCAUAAUUGUCAAAGGAAUCAUGCAGUUGUACGAAAUGAAGAAGAUUUACUACCAGUACAAUGAACUUCUUUAUCACAUGUGUAAAGUGAUAUCAGAAUCAAAAACUCAGCAAGUUAUACAUGGUCUGGUUUAUUCUGCCAUUUGCCAGGCUACCGAGAACGGGAUUUUUGAGUUUGUUUCUAAGAUGCUUGAAGCAGACCUACGAUUUAUAUUGGUCCAUGAUAAAGAUUAUAGAAACAUCUUUAUGCUUGCUGUCUUACAUCGUCACGAAAAAAUCUUUAGCAUUCUAUACUCCCGAGAUAUGAUGACGAACUACUCCUUGGCAUGUCUACUAGAUGUCGAUGAUAAUAACAUAUUACAUAUGGCAGGCAUGAUGAAACAUUCCUCUAGGGUUAAUCAAAUCCCAGGGGCAGCUUUACAAAUGCAAAGAGAGUUACAAUGGUUCAAGGAGGUUGAGAGAAUUGUCCAUCGCAAGCAGAAGGAAAGUACCAACAAGAAUGGUUUCACUCCCCGACAAUUGUUUACGAAAAACCAUGAGAAAAUGAUGAAAGAGGGAGAGAAAUAGAUGAAGGACACAACAACGUCAUGUAUGGUGGUGGGUAUUCUUAUUGUUACCAUUAUGUUUCAAGUGGCCUUUACCCUUCCAGGUGAUAACAAUCGAGAUUCGAGCCUGUUUAGGGUCUUUAUGAUAUCUGAUGCCUUGUCCUUCUUUUUAUCCUCAACUUCUGUCUUGAUCUUUUUGGGAAUCCUUACCUCACGUUACACAAAAGAUGAUUUUCUCAAGAAUUUGCCAAGACAAAUGAUAAUAGGCCUUUUCACCCUCUUUUGCUUUAUUGCAACCAUGAUGAUAACCUUUGCCAGUGCCCUUUUAAUUAUCCUAAAUGAGCAAUUAAGGAUUUCAAUUCCUCUUAUUUGUUUGGGUGGUGUUCCAAUCUUCUUCUUCUUAUGGAUUCAAUUCCCUAUUCUUAAAGAUAUGAUCAUUUCAACCUAUGGGCCAAGCAUCUUCGAUAGGAAAAUGAAACUCAAAUUAUAAAUUAGCUGCAAUGGGAUAUCAUCAUGUAUAUUAAUUUGUUGUAUGAAUUAUUGGCAUAUCAGCCAAAACUGAAUAUUUGUUCCCUUUUGUUGGGCCAAUAACCAAUGGAUGGAUUUUCAACA